GCAGAUCAGGAGCGCAAAUGAGUAGACUAGUCUACAAUAGCGUGGAGAGAGCUCGGCGCACAGAGGGGUGAGCAAGCGCACAGGACACUGUCAACUCAAAGUCAAAGCAGUUAUAACAGUCACAUCGGAGAGAAAACUCCUGUCGUCAGUUACGUCAAGCCAAAACAGUUCUCACUGGAGUCUUACUAAAAGAGCGAAUAACGUUGUCAACUAAAGAACAUGGAAAUUGGAGAAGUAUGGCUCUGCGCUUCAUUGCACAACUUGGAGAAAGCGCGAGGAAGCUAAGAGCAAGCGCGAGCAGGGAAGGAGAGUAAAUGACAAGAAUUACGCAAAGACUGUGAGAGAAUAGCCACACAGACAUGAAUAACACCACCUCGAACGAAAAUCCCCAGUCUUGGGAUCCCACCAUCCCAGUCAUCAUGUUCAUAUUCGGUGUGGUGGGCAAUGUUAUCGCCAUCGUGGUGCUACGCAAAACUAGGAAGGAACAGAAGGAGACCACAUUCUACACGCUCGUGUGCGGACUCGCAGUGACUGACCUCCUGGGCACUCUCCUGGCCAGUCCCGUCACCAUUGCAACCUACAUGAAGGGCCGGUGGCCAGGGGGAGAGCCGCUGUGCCAGUACUCUGGAUUUAUCCUCCUAUUCUUCUUCUUGGUGCAGCUCAGCAUCGUCUUCGCCAUGUCCAUCGAGAGAUACCUGGCCAUUAACCAUGCCUAUUUCUACAACCAUUACGUUGACCAGAGACUUGCCGCCCUGACACUGGUAACCAUUUACGUUUCAAACGUUAUCUUUUGCGCGCUGCCCAGCAUGGGUCUUGGAGAGGUCAAACUCCAGUAUCCAAAGACGUGGUGCUUUAUCGACUGGCGGACAAACGACUCGACUCACGCCACCUUCUCAUACAUGUACGCUGGUGUGAAUUCGUUUCUGGUCCUGGCCACUGUCAUAUGCAACGUGAUGGUGUGCGGGGCGCUCAUCAUGAUGCACAAGCGGUUCAUACGCAGGACCUCGCUGGGCACGGACCAGGGGCGCAUCGCGGACCUGCGGCGCAGGCGGAGUUUCAGGCGCUUGGCUGGGGCAGAGAUACAAAUGGUCAUACUGCUCAUAGCUACUUCUGCCACAGUACUCAUCUGCUCAAUACCGUUAGUGCUGCGAAUCUUCGUCAACCAGCUGUCCCGUGCCAAGGUGGACGUCCCCCCCGCUGAGAACCCUGACCUGCAAGCCAUCCGGAUGGCCUCGGUCAACCCGAUCCUGGACCCCUGGAUCUACAUCCUGCUGAGGAAGACCGUGGUCCUGAAGCUGGUGGAGAAGAUCAAGUGUCUGUUCUGCAGGAUGGGCAGCAGGGGCCGCCGCCAGGCCAGAGGCCAGUUCCACUGCGUCGACGGCCACUCCUCUAUCGUGUCCCGGGAUGGCCCCUCGCUGGUGUCCCCCGGGCUGAGGGAGGUCAUCAGCACUUCGGAGACCUUUCUCUACCUGCCCGAGGCUUCCGACUCUGGGCCCGGUGGGUUCACUCCCGGGGGCCUGGGCAGACCCAGCCCCACAGCAGUGGAGCGCUCCCUUCUCCAGGACCUCAACAUGGUAAGAGAGCAAGAGGACCCAUUACUGGCCACCUCUGAGGUCAAGAUGCCGGAAACGCCAGGUGGGAUGAACAGGCUACCCCUGGAGCCCUCGAAGGACCCAGCUCUUUAUGUCACCUUCACGGACGAGACCUCGAACUUGCAGGAGAAAUGCAUCUGACAUUGUACUUUGAGAACUCCAUUAAUUAACCACCCUUCGCACAUGUGGUUGGUCAACUGAACUCAAAAGGAGAAGAGAAAUUGCUGCUGGUUGAACUUGAAUGGCUGACUGUAACAUGAAUGCUAGUAGCUAAUGCAGCUGAAACAUAAAGGACUAUGGGUAGGCUAGUUUAAGGCCACUCAGUAGGUGUCUUCAAGACUAAAGACUGCUCUAUUCAUGUGACUGACCUGUACGUCAGGUGAUGAGGUAUAAAGGCAAAACGAACAUCAAAAAUAUACAAAUUAAAUAUUGUUAUCCUUAAAUACCUAAAUGUGUCUCUACAUGUCAAAGUCCUACUGCAAUACAAAUUCUACGUACUCGUACACAUCAAUGGUGUUCAGCCACAAAACCCAAAUAUUUUCAGUUACACAUUAAAUUGUUAAGGGGAAUUUCAGCACACUUUUAGAAACUUAAAACCACUGCAAGGUCAAUUAAGCAACCACAGGCUUACUAGGCAUUCUGACAUAAGCUCAAGAAUGACAUUCAAAUACUGUAUAGUUAUGCUACAAUGUGAAUUGUGUGUUCCAUGUUUAAGUUAUUUAAGAAAGCAAAAAAUACAUAUCUUCUCUGUGAGAAGGUUUGACAACUCUGAACUUGUUACAAAUGAUUAAAAGAAGGGCUACAAGCU